CUCUUGGCACGGCUGACAUUCUCCUCCAGCUCGUUCGCUCUAGCGACGACUGCCACUCGGUUGUCCAUCGUUCUCGUCCGUCGUCCCUUAGUUCAUCUGCUCGUUCGUUUUGCGGCCAGUCAGCUCGGUAUCGCAUUAUGCUACGGUCACAUCGGUGCCCGUCAGUGCUUCCCGCUCGUGCUUUCCGCCGGUGCAGCCUCGACGACGAGCCGCUACCUGGAAUCGGUGCAACGUGACCCGCUGGCAUGCGUCCGCCAGGAAAAUGGGGAAAACCGCCAGCAAGCUGAAGUCAAAGAGGAGCCAGAGCAUAUCAUGGAGCUUCCGGUUUCCAUCAAUGGUCACCCUGCAAAACCUAGGCGCCAGUGGCCGUCGUCGAAAGAGAAACGGCAUACCCUCUUCAGCCUCUUGUAAGGAUCUCCAGCAGAAGCGACACACGAUCCACCUACAACCGGAAGUGAUUAUUCAGAAGGAACCUUCUCUCAUCGUGACGCCACUGUCGCCGGAAGAUCUAACCGAAGAAAGCCCAAGGUCGUCGGAGGUAAAAGCUGAAGAGGCGGAGGAGGAGGCGGCGGUGGACAGAAGGGAGCACCGCGACGCGUGUUCCAGAGAAUCUGUUGCGAAAAGGGUUGACAGCAACGACUACUCGAAUUUACCGAUGGAGCCACCGGAAGAGUCGACGCGUAAACUCUUGGAGCGGGAACUUCGACUUCUGGAUCCCAGGGAUCUGAGGUCUCAUGCUUGGUAUCACGGUAGCACUCUUCGUGGUGGCAGAAAAGGCGCCGAGGCGGAAGUGCCCAACGAUGGCGACUUCCUGGUCCGCGAUUGUGCCUCUCAACCCGGAAACUACGUCCUCACGGUUCGAUGGAAGGGUCAACCCCUUCAUUUUGUCAUCAACAGGGUUGUGAUCCAACCGGAGACGGUGUACGAACGGGCGCAGUACCAGUUCGAGGAUGAGGCGUUCGACACUGUGGCCGACCUGAUAACCUUUUACGUCGGCAGCGGGAGACCGAUAAGCCAAGCGAGCGGUGCCCGCAUAAUCACCCCAAAGCCACGAUGCGUGCCUCUGACCUGCGUUUCAGGACCAGCGAACAGUCAGCACUGUUCGAGCCCCUCCUCUUCGUCCCUGUCAACCGGUUCUCCGCCUCGCCUGCCUCGAAAGCAGCAACGAAGCCACUCUUUGACCGCCCAGCAUCAUCCCUCGGACCAGCACGACGGUCGUCAAACGUCGAAUCAACAACCAUUGUCUCACGGACCAGUUCAAUCUAGCACCCUGCCGCGCGUACCACCCAUACAGAAUCAACCACCCUCGUGUUCCUUGUCUCUGGGUCGUCAAAAGAUCACCAGGGUGAUCUCCGAUCCUGCCCUACAGCAACAACAACAACAGCCGGUCCACCAGCAGUCUCUGAACCACCAAAAUUCUCUGGGAACGGCUCCACCGAAGCCGCCAAGGGUACCGUACGUUCCUAAUCAUCAGCAUCACUCUAUCCACCAUCAUCAUCACCAUCAUCAUCAUCACCAGGGAUACCAGGCGUCGGGCAGCGACAGUGGCAACGGCUCCGGGGACAGCGAGUUCGAGACGAACAACUCCGGGGGCACCAGUAACCCGUCAUCCUCGGUUCCCAUCAAAGGAGUCGUCAUUAGGAGUCACUAUACCACCAGCAACGAUGGCACCAACGGGAACAGCGGUAACGAGUACGAACUGUCCACCGAGGAGCAGCUGGUGGUGGCUGCUCCAUCCUUGGAGAUCACCACGUCGUUGGACAUCGAGGGAUUCACGACCUUUCUGUUGCCAUCCGGUGACCACAGGCCUCUAGACCCCACCGCGUUGAGAGGAGUCUCCGGACUACUUCUCGACUCGGCACCCAGGGUUCUAGCCUCGCAUCUGACCAAGAUCGAUCUAGAGCUGGCUCUUCAACCCGGUCCUGGCAACAGAAACGGCCUCAGCGGCAUCGAGCUGGCCACCUUGCCACACGGUAGACAGGCCAGGAUGGACCUGAUCGAACGGUCCGAGUGCUUGAAACUCCUAGUGGCGGUGACCGUGCUGGCUGGGGCCACCGCGAUCGAACGAGCAGGCACCAUCAGCAAGUGGAUCAAGGUGGCUAUCGAUACCAAGACGGCGCUGGGCAACCUCUACGGUUUUUGCGGCGUGAUGCUGGGUCUGUGCCUGCCGCAGAUCCAGAGGCUGGCGAACACCUGGCAUCUCCUGAGGCAGAAGUACACGGACGAGGCGUUCAGCUUCGAGGCGAAGCUCAGGCCCACGCUGAGAGCCAUGAACGAGUGCACCAACCCACAGGCACCCAACACCACGCUGCCCCAUUUGUUGCCUAUAGCGUUGUUGGGGGAUCGUGGACCGGAGGAUGUGCUAGGCAUGGCAGCUCCGUCUGGCCUCGCGGGCGCCAUUUUGUCGCCUUGGGAAAAUUCCGCCCCCGAUUGUGGUCUGUCUAUAGUUUGGUCGCAUUUGGAAUCGGCGCGGAGGAUGGCCGAGAACUUGCCGCUGUUUCGUAGAAAUGCUGAGAUAGUUUUGGAGGGUUCGAGGAGCGACGAGCUGCUGUCGGACGCGUUUCGAACCGAAUUUCAUAUAAAAUUCCUAUGGGGAAGUCGAGGCGCGACCGUGGCGCCGGAAGAGAGACACUUAAAGUUCACGCAAGUUCUGGACGCGAUGUUCGACAAGUGUUCGUCGAACGAGGUGACGGCCUAAACGCGGCGACCAAAGGACAGAUUAUUUUAGACGGAACCGCGAUGCGCGUGGCUAGUCCUUCAUUUUUAGAACGACUUUUUUGCGAUCGCCUGAAAGGAGAAAGGGACCCCAACGAAUUUAUCUUUCGGUUAAUUUUUACGUGCUCGUGUAAAUUAUGGUUAUGUAAUUAUGUAAUUAAAUCGUUGUAAUUAAUUGUAAUUUCUACUAUACGUACGGUAGUCUAGUUCAUUUGGCGAGGUUUGAUCCGCGACGGACGUAUUUAGUCGACCAUGUGUUUUCCGAUUCGAAACUAACCGCGACUGCCAAUUUUGCACAAUUUUCACGAGAAGCGAACGGGCGUUCGUUUUUAUAGAAAUUUUUUCGUACCGAAUCGUAGCUCGUAAGCAAAGUCCGUGAACGUGAUUCCUCCAUCGCGACGAACGACACGAUUUUAUCGCGACUACGAGAGGAGGACGAAGCGAGCACACGUUCGUCGCGAUAGUUCGAUCGCUCGCAGCGCCGAGAAACAAUCAAAAUAAAUAGCAUUUACGCGACUGGACGUAUAAUCACAAACGUAAUAAAACGCGUCAUAUUUAGCGGAGUAACGAUUCCAGGAUGUAUCGAGAUACAUACCUUUAUUAACGAACCCGCAUUUACUGUCUCGCAAUGACUGGCGACGAUAUAAUAAUCAAAUCGAGUUGAACUAUCAUGUACUUAAUUUUAACUGACUCUAUAUUCGGCCAAUAAUAUGUUGUAAAUGUUGUUGACAUUUGUUCACACUUAAUAAUAUACG